AUGCCACAACAAACUAGUCAGCCGUACCAUGGCUACUACACUGGAAAGAAACCAGAAGGACAACCUUAUUAUGGAUACUAUUCUGGUUUCAACAAAUCUGCAUCUGCACAAAUUCAUCAUUUAGCUAAAACUAUAACAACCCAACAACAGUCAUUCUUUGAUGAAAGCUUUAGACAACCACACAAUGCCACCACUACAGCAACAACUCCUCAUGGGGUAAACCCCUUUCUAGACAAGACUGACCCAACUUUGGAUCCAAAUUCUCCUAGUUUUAGUUCCAAAAGAUAUGUCCAAAAUAUGUGGAGAUUGUAUCAAAGUGAUUCUGAUUACUACAAACCAGGAAAAUUGGGUGUUGCUUAUAAAAAUUUACGUGUUUAUGGCGAUGCUGUCAAUUCAGAUUAUCAAACUACUGUAUCUAAUGGAUUUAUCAAGUAUGCCAAAAAUGUCAUUAACAAAUUUACCAACAAAAAGGAAGAACACACUUUUGACAUUUUGAAACCAAUGGAGGGCUUAAUCAAGCCAGGAGAAGUUACAGUUGUACUAGGAAGACCUGGUGCGGGUUGUACAACAUUCCUCAAGACUAUUGCUUGUCAUACUGAUGGAUUUAAUGUUGCCGAUGGAUCCAUUAUUUCAUAUGAUGGAAUCACUCCCGAAGAAAUUAAUCAAAAUCUCCGAGGUGAAGUGGUUUAUUGUGCUGAAACCGAAACUCAUUUCCCUUACUUGACUGUUGGUCAAACUUUGGAAUUUGCCGCAUUAAUGAAGACGCCAAGAAAUAGACCAUUGGAUGUCUCUCGUGAACAAUAUGCAAAACAUCUUGUUGAUGUGGUUAUGGCAACUUAUGGGUUGUCGCAUACAAAGAAUACUAAAAUUGGAAAUGAUUUCGUACGAGGGGUUUCUGGAGGUGAACGUAAAAGAGUUUCCAUUGCUGAAGUUUCAUUGGUGCAGGCAUCAAUUCAGUGCUGGGACAAUUCUACUCGUGGGUUGGAUGCAGCCACUGCUCUUGAAUUUAUAAGUUCAUUAAAGACAUCUGCCUCCAUUUUAAAUGAUACCCCAUUAAUUGCCAUUUAUCAAUGUUCUCAAGAUGCAUAUGAUUUAUUUGAUAAAGUCAUUGUCAUGUAUGAAGGUUAUCAAAUCUUUUUCGGAUCAAGUCAACGUGCAGCAGCAUAUUUCCAAAAGAUGGGAUUUGUUUGUGAAGAAAGACAAACGACGCCUGAUUUUCUUACUUCUAUUACCAACCCAGCUGAACGUAUAGUGAAGCCAGGAUUUGAAAAGAUUGUUCCUCGCACACCAAAGGAGUUUUACCGUUAUUGGAGAAGAUCCCCUGAAAGACAAGCUUUAUUAGAGGAGAUUGAUGAAUACUUAGACAAUUGCGAGAAUUAUGAUCAAAAACAAGAGAUUUUCGAAGCCAUGCAAGCCAAAAAAUCCAAAAACACAAACAAAAAAUCACCAUAUACUGUGUCUUUACCUAUGCAAGUGCGAUACAUUAUAAAGCGGAAUUUUGAUCGAAUGAAGGGUGCUCCAAGUUUCCCAAUUUUGACAAUAUUUGGUAAUGUUGCCAUGAGUUUGAUAUUGGCGUCGGUUUUCUACAAUUUGCAACCUAAUACUGAAUCGUUUUAUUAUCGUACUGCUGUAAUGUACUAUGCCUUGUUGUUUAAUUCGUACUCAUCAGUUUUGGAAAUUUAUACCGUUUAUGAGACGAGGCCCAUUGUUCAAAAACAUCGUGAAUAUGCAUUGUAUCCACCAUUGGCAGAUGCAAUAGGCUCAAUAUUGGCUGAUUUCCCGUUGAAGGUUAUUAGUAGUUGCUGUUUUAAUUUGGCGCUUUAUUUUAUGGUUCAUUUCAAACGUGAACCUGGUGCAUUUUUCUUUUACUUGUUGAUCAAUUUCCUUGCCACCUUGAUGAUGUCUCAUUUGUUUAGAACAAUUGGUGCUUUUACAAAGACAUUGGCUGAGGCAAUGACACCAUCAUCGUUGUUGUUGUACGCCAUGAGUACUUUCACUGGGUUUGCCAUUCCUGUGACUUAUAUGCUUGGUUGGUGCAAAUGGAUCCACUAUAUUAACCCAUUGUCAUAUGCGUAUGAAGCACUUAUUGCUAAUGAAUUCCAUGGUCGUACAUUUGAAUGUUCACGAUUUGUGCCGCUGGGAUUUGGAUACCCACAAAGUGGAAAUUCUGUUGUUUGUGCAACACUCGCCGCACUCCCCGGUUCCAAUUUCGUUGAUGGUGAUUUGUACAUUAAAACCGCAUUCACAUAUGAAUGGAAGCACGCUUGGAGAAACUUUGGUAUAUUGUUGGCAUUUGUAAUUUUUUUGUUUUUUACCACAUUGUUUUUCGUCCAAUACAGUCAAGCAGCUAAAUCAAAAGGAGAGAUUUUGGUUUUCAAAAGAAGACAUGCCAAGAAUAUGAAGGCGUAUGAAGAGGACGAAGAAGCUUAUAUGGAUGACCAAAAGGCAUUGGAAUUUAGUGGGUCUACUGAAUUGAGCUACGAAACCGACUCGUAUGAAUAUGUUGAUCGUAAAUUGUUGCAAACUUCAAAUGUUUUCCAUUGGCGUGAUUUAACCUACAAGUUGCAUAUCAAAGGUGAAGAAAGAACUAUUUUGAACGGAGUUGACGGAUGGGUCAAGCCCGGUGAAGUGACUGCAUUGAUGGGAGCAUCAGGUGCUGGUAAAACCACCUUAUUGAAUGCCUUGAGUGAACGUUUGACUGUUGGUGUCAUUACCUCUGGUUCUCGUAUGGUUAACGGAUGUCAAUUGGACAAUGCAUUUCAAAGAUCCAUUGGUUACGUUCAACAACAGGAUUUACAUUUGGAAACAUCUACCGUACGUGAAGCAUUGAGAUUCAGUGCCUACUUGAGGCAAUCGCGUAAAGUGUCCAAAGCAGAAAAGAAUGAGUAUGUCGAGAAGAUUAUCGAAUUGAUGGAAAUGGAACCGUAUGCUGAAGCCGUUGUUGGUGUUCAAGGUGAAGGGUUAAACGUUGAACAAAGGAAACGUUUAACCAUUGCCGUUGAGCUAGUUGCUAGACCCAAGUUGUUGUUGUUUUUGGAUGAGCCUACAUCAGGGUUGGAUUCACAAACUGCUUGGUCAAUUUGUAAAUUGAUUAGAAAAUUGGCCAACCAUGGUCAAGCCAUUUUGUGUACAAUCCAUCAACCAUCAUCGAUCUUGUUGGAAGAAUUUGAUCGCUUAUUGUUUCUUCGCAGUGGUGGUGAAACUGUUUACUUUGGAGAAUUUGGUUACCAAUGUGAAACCUUGAUCAAUUACUUUGAGCGCCAUGGUGCUCCCAAGUGUCCUGCUGAUGCAAACCCUGCUGAAUGGAUGUUGCAUGUAAUUGGUGCUGCUCCUGGAUCCAAUGCCAAUAAGGAUUACUAUCAAGUGUGGAAGAAUUCACCUGAGUAUCGUGCUGUUCAAGAAGAAUUAAAUGAAUUGGAACAAAUGGGUACUGGUGUAGUUGGAUAUGGAAGUGCACCCAGUGGUACUACUACUCCAUCAACCAAGAAAUUGUGGAGUGAUGAAAAAGAAGCAAAGAGGACAUAUGCAGCUCCACUUUGGACCCAGUACUUUUAUGUCUUGAAGAGAUUGUUUCAACAAUAUUGGCGUACACCAUCGUAUAUUUACUCCAAAUUUGCCAUGGCUAUCUUGUGUUCAAUGUUUAAUGGUUUCACUUUUUUCAAGUCGAAAAACUCGAUGCAAGGUUUGCAGAAUCAAAUGUUGUCAAUUUUCAUGUUGUUUGUUGUUAUGACAACGUUGGCGCAACAAUACGUCCCCAUGUUUGUUAUGCAACGUGAUUUGUACGAAGCAAGAGAGCAUCCAUCACGCACAUUUUCCUGGUUUGCAUUUAUUGCUGCUCAGAUCACUUCAGAAAUUCCCUAUCAAGUCGCCGCAGCUGCAAUCUCAUACUUUGUGUGGUACUACCCUGUUGGUAUGUAUCGUAAUGCUGGUGAUGCAGUUGAACAACGUGGAGCUUUGAUGUGGAUUGCCAUGACGUUGAUGUUUGUCUACAGUUCCACAUUGGCUCAAUUGUGUAUUUCAUUCAAUCAAUUGGCCGACAAUGCAGCAAAUAUCAUUUCGUUCCUAAUUACUGUUAGCAUGACAUUUUGUGGUGUUAUUGCCACCAAGGAUUUCAUGCCUCGUUUUUGGAUCUUCCUUUAUCGUUGCAAUCCAUUCACGUAUCUUAUAUCAGCAAUGUUGUCCAUCGGAGUUGGAAAUUCACGAAUUAGAUGUUCUUCACGUGAGUAUUUACAUUUCCCACCAGAACAACCGGGUGUACAAAAAUGUAAGGACUAUAUGGGAGCUUAUAUUUCCAUUGCUGGUGGUUAUUUGACCAAUCCAGAAGCCACUGAUAGUUGUGAAUUUUGCCCCAUGGAUAAGACAAAUCAGUAUUUGUCAAGCAUUGAUAUUUCAAUCCACAAUUUUGGUCGUGAUGUGGGGAUUUUUAUUGCUUUUAUUGCAUUCAAUAUGGUUGCUACUGUGUUUUUAUACUGGUUGGUUAGAGUGCCCAAGGGAAAUCGGGAAAAGAAUAAUAGUUGGUUCUCGAAAUUUGCCAUUUACAAUGGAUACAAUGAUCAAGCAUGA